UUAAUGAUUCUCAUUAGUGAAGCCUUCGGUUUGCUGAUCAAAUACUAUAUCACAUUCAACAUAAUUCGUAGCAAGUUGUAGAGCAUCGACUAGGGCAAUAGUGCAUCGAAGAGAGGUAUGAAGAACAUCGACCAGGGCAAUAGUGCGUCGAAGAGAUGUAUGAAAAACAUCAACCAGAGCAAUAGUGCAUCUAAGAGAGGUAUUAAGAACAUUGACCAGGGGUAUGCAUAACAUCGUUGGAGUUGUUAAAGAUUCUUUGGUUGUAUUUUCGAUGAACAAAGCAUUACUCACUAAGAAUCUUGGAUUCAUCUCUUCCCACCUUUACCUUCAUGAUCCCCAUUAGUGGAGCCUUUGGUUUGCUGAUAAAAUACUAUAUCUCAUUCAACAUAUUUCGUAGCAAGUUGCAGAGCAUCAGCCAAAGCAAUAACGCAUCUGAGAGAGGUAUGAAGAACAUCAUUAGAGUUGUUAAAGAUUGUUUAGUUGUAUUUUUUUUUAUGAACAUAACAUUACUCAAUAAGAAUCUUGGCUUCAUUUGCAGAUGACUAAUGAGUUGGGGGCCAACGACAAACCCAGGAAUUCUGAAAAGUUGUGUCAGUAAAAUAAGAUAAUCAAUAAAUUUUUAAAUAUUAAUAAAAAAAUAAAAUUAUUAAUUUGUCAAAAUCAAUUAACGUGCAACAAAUCAUGACGACCUUUUCAUAUCCUGAAAGGUUAGUAAGAUACCUUCAUCGUUUAUGUUGCAAAUCAAAUCUUUAUUUAUAGCAUCACAUGAUGUAGUACUUCAUGUGCGAGGGAGCUCAACUCUAUUAAAAUUGUAUCUAAUGUUGGCCGUAUGGGUAGAUAUGAUGGCAGGAUGACCAUGAAUAUUUUUUCAUCGGUGAAUAUGCAUAUUGUCGUCGCAAUACGUACGCUGGAAGCAACCUAUAAACAACCAGUAAAUGUUGUUGCCGUUGAGAAUAUGAUCGUGAGACUCACUGAAAGGGCUAAAAAAAAAGGUUUUCACUUUUCAUAAUGUUAAAAAAUUGGAGGUGCAGGGAAUCGAACCCCGUGCCUCUCGCAUGCGAAGCGAGCGCUCUACCAUAUGAGCUACACCCCCUUGUUGUUUUCUAAAUAAUAUUGCCCCAUUUUUAUUCCUUGAUUUUGCAUCACACAUGCAUUAACUUCUCUAAUAGGUUACCUUUGUUUUUGUCUAUUUUACACUCUGAUUCGGUUUUGGCUGGCUGCUCCUUCAGGAAGGUCCACUGCUCAUAACCAAGGGAAGAGCUGGCUUUGGGACGAGAAUUGUCGUGCUGACUUGGAGAUCGUUGCUCAUUAUGUCAAGAGAAUGAAAAAUACUACUGGCUUCGCCUUAUUCUCUACAUGACACUCACACUCUGCAUUGACACUUUAUCUUGCAAACAAGAGUUGCUGUUGUAUUUAUGUUUUCCUCAUUCAAUUCACUUCACUUCUAAUGCAGCAUUGCAAACAAGAGUUGCUGUUGUAUUUAUGUUUUCCUCAUUCAAUUCACUUCACUUCUAAGCAUUGCUGCAUGUACAUGGUUUUAGUGUUCCUUGUGCUCCAUUUUCGCGUGGGAAAAAACAAUUUGGUACUGAAGUUUUGCAGGCUUCAACAUGAUAAUGAGAGCUGCAGUUCCAGAUGGGAAGAACCGAUCUCUCUCAUUAAUUGUUGGUAGUUUUUGUUGCUUCAACAUUCAAAUGAAAGUAAUAGCAUAAGCUUUGUCUUCCCCUGCCUUGUGUCUUUGGUCCUUGUUUCUCUAAGUUCUCUUAGUAAGUUCGUUAUGUACAGUGGAGGGUUCAAUGCAUUUAUAAUAGUUAUUCAACCUAAUCGGACUUAAUUCAUCAUGUAGCUAAUUCAUGCUUUUCUCAUGUGCUAGUAAGUAAUCUGGGAGGAAUAACUUGACCAAUUUUCAUUACAGUCGGUAUUUUAUGUGCCACUAAUGAAUUGUCACAUUUACGUCAUAAUUGUCAUGUGAAAAGUACAUGAAAGGUGGUGACAAAUAGUAUUAUGUAUCAUGAAAAUGUCAUUACAAAAUGUCUUACAGAGUUAUCCAUAAAGAAUUGGCAAGUUGUAUGUACAUCCUCCUGCUUUGAAAGUCUCUCUAUACAAAAAUCUUACUGCUUGAUUUAUAUAUAUUUCAUCAAACUUCUCACGAGAGUACAAUUGACAGUUGUUAUCAGCAAAAUAACGUCCAUUAUAAAUUUACUAACUUCUCCCUUCUCCAAUAGUGUGGAUUUUGUUCUUGGUAACUCAUACAUGAUUAAUUAAAUUAAUAGAUUAGGAUAAUAUUUUAAGGUUUUUCUUUCUUGAACCCUUCUUAAACAUUAAGAUAUAUGCAGAUUUACAAUGUUAAAUGUGUUAUGGGUAGAGUUUUGGAUUUUAAGUUUUAAAAGAAGAAAUUUACAUAUUCUGGUGGUUCAUGUGUGAUUUUUAGUACUCAUGUGUGAACUUUAGAAUUUUUAGUACUCAUGUUUUAAAUUUAUUCAAAAGUAAUGUAUUCGUGAUUUAAUAAUUAUGUAGUACUUAUAAUAUUCUUAUAUAUUAGAAACUCUUAUAAAAAAAAAAGCAAACAUCAAACACUUGCCUGUUCAAUUUUUUUUUAUUUAUUACAGAUGAGUCAUUAUAUGUAAACAUACGAAGUUUCAUAGCAUUACGGGCAUGAUUUCAAAAACUGGGUACCAAAAUAUAAUAGUGCUCCGCUUCAGCUGACGUGUCAGCUUAUUAUUGCUCACAACACGUGUGAAUGCGCGGUCCCGCCAAACUGGCCACCUAAUCUAACGACCUGAAACCGUGUGCCCUCAGCCCACCGGCGGCAGAAAAGUCCAAUCCCGUGCCAAAUCCUUCCUCCUCCAUCUUCCGGCUAAAACACUCUUUACCUGAUCGUAUACCUCAACGAUUCCAGUCUCCAGAUUUCCAAUUCCAUGUAAGUAACGACCGAUCAGCGUAUCCCGCGAUCUUCCAUGACGUCCGUCUCUGCCCCGCCGCUGCUUACCGGCGAGAGGGCCGUGGUGGUGCUUUUCAUCGCCUGCAUCAUGUUCUCUCUCCCUCCGUCUCUUCUCCUCCCCGGUGGGUUUCUGUCGUUUCUUUCCUUCUUCGCGCUAUGCGUCGAGAUCCGCGGCGAGAGCUCCGGUUCCCUCUCUCAGCUCAAGACUAGACCUGGUGCUUCAUCAGGGAUAUUGCUUGGUGCAGUUACAUUGCCAGCACUUAUGCUCUCGAAGCUGAUACAGCUUUCACGAGCCUUGUCAUUGGACGAGAUUCAUCUUGGAGAAGUUGAUUAUCUACAGAUGCAAUACUGGGCCGCUUCAUUUAGCUGCUUUGCUGUGCUGAUCUUCCUCUCUUUAGUCAUAUUGGCUGCACAAAGUUCGCGGUCCGCUUCCUGCAGAGUACAAUGUGCUAAGUUCAUCUUUGGAUGCAUUGUUUUGGUUGCAGCAUUGUACAAUAUCUCCACAACAGGCAUGCAAACGGCUACCAACUUGCUGUGGGUGCUGUUCCAUGGACUUGCCACUGUGAAACUAAUGCAGCAUUUACUCGAGACAUUUCCAUCAUGUGCAUCCAUUGGGGAGACUCUUUUGGUGACAGCAGGACUUGUUCUCUACUUUGGCGAUAUAUCGGCAUGCACUAUUGCAAAGAUUCACGGAUACUGGAGCUCUUCCGAGUUGGCAUUUGUGCAAUAUGGAACUCGGAAAAAUGAGAUUAGUACUGUCAUUCAGGGACUGCUUCUUGGUCUUCUUCUGUUUCCUGUUGCCUUUAAAUUUCUGCUUCACACACUAGAUUCCUUACCAAGUGUGACAAGCUCAGGCACAAGGAUGCAAAAUGAGAGGAGAAGAUCUCUCAUUUUCUUUGUUUCAUUUGGGUUAGUCAUGAUUGUGGUCAUGCCAUUGUGGAUGCAAUUUGUACAGGACUUUCAGACUCACCCACUUUUAUGGGUGGCCGCUUUUGUUUUCUCUGAACCUGCUAAAAGACUAUCCCUAUGUACCUAUUGGGUGUGCUUGAUAUAUGUCUCAGUGAGGCGCUUCUACUACAUAUCAAAGAAUAGUAAGACUGAACGAAUUCUUCUUCGGAAGUACUACCAUCUGAUGGCGGUUUCUAUGUUUGUUCCAGCAGUUAUCUUCCAGCCAAAGUUCCUUGAUUUAGCUUUUGGGGCAGCCCUGGCAGUCUUCUUGACAUUGGAGAUUAUUCGAAUAUGGAGAAUUUGGCCACUGGGGCAACUUGUUCACCAGUUUAUGAAUGCUUUCACUGACCAUCGUGAUUCUGAGCUCCUCAUUGUCAGCCACUUCUCGCUCUUACUGGGAUGUGCACUUCCAAUUUGGCUGUCCUCUGGGUAUAGUGAUCGGCCCCUUGCUCCUUUUGCCGGAAUUUUGAGCCUUGGCAUUGGAGAUACAAUGGCAUCCAUGGUUGGGCACAAAUAUGGUGUUCUGAGGUGGAGUAAAACUGGAAAGAAAACUAUUGAAGGCACUGCAGCUGGCAUAACUUCUGUUUUGGCUGCUUGCUCGGUCUUGCUGCCUGUUCUAGCAUCCGCUGGAUAUAUCUUUACUCAGCACUGGCUCUAUCUUUUUCUGGCGGUCACAGUGAGUGGGUUGCUGGAGGCCUAUACAGCACAGCUUGACAAUGCUUUCAUACCUCUGGUUUUCUACAGCCUCCUCUGCCUGUAAAACUGCCACGCAUUGAAUUCGAAUCUCCAGGCUCCCUUCCCACUGCUAAUGAUGGUCGAGAUGUUCGAUGUGGUGCGACGUACUUUAUGCUCCAAUACUUCUGACCAAGCCAUAGAUUAACGACUUAGCUAAUACAACUAACCCAUUUGAUUAAUCGGUUUGAUUAACUGAACCAGAGGGAAAGAUGACUCUGCAGUGCCUCAUACUGAGUGUAUAGGGAAAUAUAGAAGAACCCAGGAAGCUAUAUUGAUCUUGUACUAGAGGGUGUUUGGCUUUUUUUUCUCAUCCAUCUCUUUCGUCCUGUAAAUCCAGUUCCAAUAUACGAAUACCAUUUUGAUACAUAUCUAUCUACAUUUACAUUUUACAGCUGCAAAUGAAUGAAUUGCUGAUGGUGCAUCGGCCACCUCCAUGCACUCAACGCCUGACCCUUACUGUGUUCUUGGUCGAUAUUCGACGCUGUCGUGGGACCUUCUUCUUCUUCCUAGGUCACGUCAAUUCAAGCUUCGUCAAACAUCAGACACAGAAACUUAUGCGCAAAGGUUCAACAUAAAGAAGACAGCAUAUUCAACGAAGCCGAUGCCAAUGUACUGCACAAAGUGAUUUUUUGCUGUGGAGUAGGGACGACUGCCGACUGGUAGAGAGAGGCCACAUGUAGUAUAGAGAUAUUUUCGCCGGGGAGCCAACCAAACACCAUUCAUCGUAGUCGCUAACGCUGUACAUCAAAUUCAACACAUAAAAUAAAACAUAGAAUUGUUUGGCAGAUACUAUCAUAAACCAGUUGGUCCCUAUAACUCGAGUUGUUAGGAGAAGGUUCUGCUAGAUCUUAUAUCACUCUCUAACACGCCCCCUCAAAUGAAAGCCAACCCAUGUGCUUGAAGUUUGUAUAGGAGAAGGUUCUGCUAGAUCUUAUAUCACUCUCUAACACGCCCCCUCAAAUGAAAGCCAACUCAUGUGCUUAAAGUUUGCACAGGCCCAUCAUACCAUGUGCUUUAAUCAACUGUUAAAUUUGGGUAGGGGUGGGCAACGGGACAGGACGGGAUACCCGUCCCGUUUUAAACGGGUACUUAGUCCCAUUUGGAGACCAAAGUCCAUCCCAUAUCCCAAACUCAUAUGGGAAACGGGUACCCAUUACCCGUACAGGACGGAUAACGGGUACCCAUACUACCGAUAAAUACCUAAAGUUUAAAUGACAUUUUACCUAAAGACAAUUAGUCAAUUACAUCCAAAGCAUUCAUUUCAAAACACAAAAUGGCUGCACAAGUAGCAACUUACACCAAUUCCUACAACCCAAAGAAGGGAUGAUGAUGAAGAUGAAAAGGAAUCAAGGAAGGGGAAAUGACCAAAUAAUAAAACCCAGAAAGAGAACAAGUUCUGCUUCCUGGAAAGUGCCAUGAUUCAGUAAUAAUAAUAAUAACAAGUUCUGCUUACUGGAAAGUGCCAUGAUUCAGUAAUAAUAAUAAUGUUGUUUCUACGCAAAUCAAUCCUCAGUUUGGCAAAAUAGGGUGGGGAAGGUGGUGAAUUUUGCAGCAGCAAGCAAGGGUGCGUCAGCGUCUCAACUCUCACGGGCUGAAUUAAAUGGAUUUUGUAAUUUUAAUGGAUUUUGAAUUGGGUUGGGCCUGGGCGCAUGGGCUGAAUUAUAUGUCUUUGUAAUUUGAAUGGAUACAACGGGUACCCAUAUUAGGAUUGUACAAUCCCAAGUCUCAUCCGUUUAAAAUAUUACGGGUAAUAUGGGUACCCGUAACCCUUAAAAAACGGGACGGGUACGGGUAUACCCAAAUACCCGUUUCCCGUUGCCCACCCCUAAUAUUGGGGGUCGUGGAGAUUCGAACACAUAAUCACUUGGUCAAACCAGCUCUGAUAUCAUGUCCAUAUCAAGAACCAGUUGAUCCCAAUAACUCGAAUUGUUGAGAGAAGGUUCUGCUGAAUCUUAAACCACUCUUUAACAGAUACUAGAGAGAAGAAGACCUGUCUCCUUCUCCCUCCCAUCUUUCGUUGGAGGUUCAUAUUGUUAGACUGUAGUAGUAUAACUGUGCAAGUGAGAAGAGAAGAGAAGAGAAGAGAAGAGAAGAGGGGGCUAAAACGUUUAUCAUAUUUUGCAGGAAAUUAAGAAGCAGAACCACGUGCAGGAUCCUGCUAUUUUGGGUGGGAUACUCACGAUUUUAGCCUCUUGAAUUUGUCAAGAUGGUGUGGUGGCAAGGGUACAAAUGGUCUAUUGGGUUUGGUCGAUCUGUUCUUUUUGUUUUUGUUUUGAUGAUGACCUGGUUUGUCAAUCUGCUGCUCGUCAACUUGGUUAUACUCUCUCUGACCGAACCGACUCGAACCACCAUGAGUCGAGAUUCACUCUAUAUAGUGGUCACAAACCCUCAACAAAUCGCCAACCCAGACAAACGGGCAUAAACAUUUCUCUUUUCAUAACUAGAUCCUGACUUUUGGAUCAAUCUUAUGGUUCGGAUGAAAGAACAUCUUUUUUUAAAUUUUUUGGCUUUUUAGUCGGUUUAUAUCGUCUUUCAUUUAACUCGGAUUUUAGCUCUUUUUUUUUUGCAUAAAUAAAAUCUCAAAAUAUAUCAAAAUGUAUAUCAUUGUGUGGUAGGACUAUUAUGUGUGUAACAAUGCACCUCAUGCAUCCCACGUAACACAUAUUUUAUGUGGGAUUUAGGAUGUUUAUCGUGCAGAGCGUAGGAUUAUUAUAUAUCAAGGUUGUCAACUCGGUUUAGCAUGUUGGCUUGGUUGAGCAAGUGAGUUGAGGGUUAAUGGUCCAACUACUUUAAUCCGGAUAAAUGAAGAAGUCAUUAUAAUAUUAUUCAUAUAUUUAUUAUCAAAUCUCGUUUAAUAUAUGAGUAAUAACAUA